UUGAGAGGAUGUUGAGACAGUUUUAAGGGGGUGUUGAAGGGUGGUUGAGGGGGUGUUGAGAGGGUGUUGAGGGGGUGUUAAGAGGUUGUUGAAAGGGUUUGUUUUCACACCUGACACUCCUCUCCCCUGUAACUAUUCUCCAGGUCGUUGCUGUAAAUGAGAACGUGUUCUCAGUCAACUUACCUGGUAAAAUAACGGAUACAUUAAAAAAUAAAUAAAAACAGAGGAGAGGAGAACAGAAGACAUGACCAGAAACAAGGCAAUUACAAUGAGAAGGAUUACCUAGCACACACACCACACACAUACACACCACACAUACACCACACACACAUACACACUACACAUACACCACACACACACACACCACACAUACACCACACACACACACACCACACAUACACCACACACACAUACAAAGAGACCAACUCAGACACAUGCACAAACACUUGUAAAUCUGUUGACAGAAACACACCAAACACAAACACGCACUCAGAUUUCUUUGCUCAGAGAACACUGUUCGCCAGAGCCAGUUCCAGAUCAAGAGGAAUGUGUUCAGGAGGACGAAAGGCAGCCAGGAUAUUCACACACAUACACACACACUGGACUUAGACCUGCAACCUCCCACUUACAGCGUGCAACAAAUACACACACAUCAUCAGAGCAAGACCAGGAAGACAGAAGUUAACUGAACUGCACUCUACAUACUGCUUUGACAAGAGGUGGACACACACUCUCUUAACAAAGCCAAGUGGACCUCUGCUUGGAGCCACAUUGCAACUUAUCACUUGGUGUGAGCAACACAGUCUCUCAUCUGGUCUGAGCCAGAACAAGCACCUGGAACCUGGGACAUUGACUGUGUCCAACACGUUUGGGGCUUUGACCGCCUUCAUCCAGGAAGAUUACAUACAGAUAGAGACCCGGAUCUGACCUUUGUCUCUCCCCUCCAUCAUUCUCUCUGGUCUCUCUCUGUCUCUCCCCUCCAUCUCCCUGUAUUUCUCUGUCUCUCCCCUCCAUCUCUCUCUCUCUGUCUCCUCACUCUUUCAUCCUCCCAGUAUGAUGAUGAGAAGAGAUCGUCUGCUCCUGGCUGUGACCCUCACAGCCAUUUUCACCGCUGACCUCUACUUCGUCCUGCUCCCCAAGCUCCGCCAAAGACAACCAGGACCAGGGAAUGGAGCCUGCCUCUGUCCCUCCUCCAGGGGGACUAACUUCACCCUUGCUGGGUACAGUGGCCUCACUAUCCCCUGGUUCUCCAACAUCACCUCCAUAGACCUCCAGGGUAAGGGGGUCGGAGCUACGGACGACCCCACAGAUUGGGGCUCGAAGCUGGGGAGGCUGUUUGCUCACCCCCUGUAUAACAUUCAGACACCGGAGCUGGGGCUGGAAGAGAGGCUGAUGCAGUCUGAAGAGCUAAUGGAGUAUUACAGGAGGAAGGUCUCACGCUGGGAAAGGCAUAUGAAGCUGUACAGUGAGGCUGCAGCAGCCCUCAACGUGACAAUGCUGGAACACCAGGUGACCUUUGACCCUGAGGCCAGCUGGCUGAAGUUCCACCUUGGCAUCAACCGCUAUGCCCUGUACGCCCGUGAUGACCCCGCCAUUACCCGCCUGCUGCAAGACAUGCAGGCCACCACUGUCAUCAGCGCAGAUUACACUCAAGAUGAAAAGGCCCUCAAAGGAGCAUGUGACUGUACCCAAGUGGUAAAGCCCAGUGGACACCACCUCAAGCUAGCCCUGAAGAUGCAGAACUUUGGCAAGGCCAUGUUCAAACCCAUGAGACAGCAGAGAGACCAGGAGACUCCUGGUGAUGUGUUCUACUUUGUCGACUUCCAGAGACACAAUGCUGAGAUUGCUGCUUUUCACCUGGACAGAAUCCUGGACUUCCGGAGGGUACCGCCGGUGGUGGGCAGGCUGGUGAACGUGACGGGGGAGAUUCUCCUGACCACUCACAACGAGGACCUAAGGAGUGUGUUCUUUACUUCUCCAGCAAACAACACAUGUUUCUUUGCCAAGUGUCUGUACGUGUGUAAGACUGAGUAUGCAGUGUGUGGGAGCCCUGACCUGCUGGAGGGCUCCAUGUCAGCCUACCUCCCCGGUCUCAGCAUCGCCCCUCGUAUCUCCAUCCCCAACCCCUGGAUACGAUCAUACACCUUCACUGGCAGGGAGGAGUGGGAGGUGAACCCCUUCUACUGUGACACCAUAAAGCGUCUGUAUCCCUACAACUCAGGGAACAGGCUGCUCAACAUCAUAGAUAUGGCCAUCUUUGACUUCCUCAUUGGUAACAUGGACAGGCACCAUUAUGAGAUCUUCACUAAGUUUGGCGAUGAAGGUUUCCUUCUUCAUUUUGACAACGCCAAAGGGUUUGGGAAGCAUUCUCAUGAUGAGAUGUCCAUACUGGCUCCACUGUCACAGUGCUGCAUUAUAAAGCGUUCCACGUUGCUGCGGCUGCAGCUCCUCUCACAGGACCACUAUAGGCUCAGUGACGUGAUGAGGGAGUCCCUGGGAGGAGACGCACUGCAGCCGGUCCUCGCUGAGCCCCACCUGCAGGCCCUGGACCGCCGGCUGCAGCGCGUCCUGAUGACAGUCCACAGGUGUGUCCGCAGGCUGGGAGAGGCUCAGGUGAUCACCACAGACUUUGUUGAUACCUCCGUCAUGCCUGAGUCUGUCAAACCAGUGGCUAUGCCCAACAAGGAGAAGUAAUUAAGGUCACUAAGGAAUCCAAACGGAGAAGUGCACUAUAAUAGAGGAUUAGGGUGGCAUUUUGGACGUAUCCCCAAGUCCUGCAAGGGAAGGUAACUAUAGACUAAGGACAGCCUGAGGAUCAUAAUGGCAGGUGAACCUGUCCUGUAAAGCAGGAAGCACGGGGUCUGGUCUCUCUCACAGAGUAAUACAUUCUGCACUCGUUUUCAGUGGUGUCUAUUUAUGGAUGCCAAGGGAAGACAGGCUUCCCCCGAAAUUAGAAGAAAAAAAAAAUAUAUAUAUAAAUAUAUAUAUAUAUAUAUAAAUAAUGUAUCUUUUGUCUCUCUGUUUUCAUAAUUUUCCAUCAAUUCGCAAGUGUCUGAAUCUCACCGGAGAAAUAUUCUGAGGGAGGGAAACAGCGCCCCUCUGUCUCAGUAUGUGUAGUAUGUGUAGUAUGUGUAGUAUGUGUCAGUAUGUGUCAGUAUGUGUAUCUGAUGCUGUCUGGACCAAAAGAGUAUGACAUGGUGCCGCCGUAGCGUUUGAUUGAUUGAUGUCAACAAGCAUUUGGCCUCCCUUGAUAAAAAAAGUAUAACACAAUUAGCCAAUCAGCAUUGAGCUGAGCUCAACUGUGGGUUGUACUGCUGCAGCAAAACACCUCCAAGGGAGCCCAGUUUGGAUUUGGCUUCACACCAAUCAAAUCACAUCCUGAGCAAAACUUCACUGUCAGAAAAGUGUGUGUGUUUCUGGUCUGCUUGUGUUGAUGUCCUGCAGUAGCUAGCUUGCUAAAUCGGCCCUUUCCCAAGCCAUGGAUGGAGAUGGGAAUUUGGACGUGUGAUUUUGAUGCCGAUUCUCUCUACAGGCCAAUGGUUAUGACGGCAAUUCCAAUCUAACCAUAGAUCCAUAUAUUGUGCCACUGGCCUGAGACGAUUGAAGUUCAAUAUGUAGUCUAGUAGUCUCACAUUAACUAGCUAGCUAACUCAGCUGGUUCAUUGCUACCCAUGCGAGGAAGUUAGGCUAGCAAGCAUUUUAGCUAGAUAGCCUAUGAAAACAAAAACGAAAAGAGUACAAAACCAUAGAUCGUUCUGCCAACAUGAAAGAGAGAAGGACGGCAUUGGCGUUCAACUAGUCUAUAAGUAGUGAGUCCCCACGCGAGCACACACACACCGACAGAAAUCAGUACCAUUGACAGCCACAUUAUAUUUAGCAAUAUUGAUUGAACAAAAUUGUUUUUGGCAUCUUUGUUUGUUUUCAAUAUUAAACUAAGCAUAUAUAGCCUUGUUGAUUUGAUGAUGUUUAAAUGGUUAACAUGGAAUGGUGCUGGAAUAGAGGAGGCAGUGCUACCGUUGUCUUUGUGCUGACAUGCAGUAACUCAAAAUCAGGACUUGUUUAGUAAACUGUUGAAAUAUUAACUUGCUUUUAUUAACAUGCUGCAGGUCAUAUAACUGUGUGUUACAUGCAAUAUUUUCUUUGUGGACUUCACCAGACAGAUGUUGCUCUUUGGUUUUGUGAUGAAACAAACGUGUGUAGUUGAAUUUAUUCCGCCACUAUGUGACUGUUGUCUUUUUGUUGUCACAGCCUUAUUGUAAAUCACGCUGGUGUAUGAACGAAUGGGUUAUAGAGCAAACAAUGCAAGUAUCGCAUCAUAGGUUUACCCCUACCUACAUGUACAAAUGACCUUGACUAACAUGUACCCCCUGUAUAUAGCCUCGUUAUUGUUAUUUUAUUGUGUAACUUUUUAUUGUAUUUUUUACUUUACUUUAUUUAGUAAAUAUUUUCUUAACUUUAUUUCUCGAACUGUGGAUUAAGGGCUUGUAAGUAAGCAUUUCACAGUAAGGUCUACACCUGUUAUAUUCGGUGAGUGUGACAAAUAACAUUUGAAUUGAUUUGAAUAUAUAUUUUUUACUGGCUUGGCUUCCCCAGUGAUUUUACCCACACAGCGCUACUGCUCGUCUUUCAAGUCCAACGUUUGAAAUGAUACAGCCUGUUUUGUCAAUAGACAGCAGCACUGUCAAAAUGUCUCCUGUGUCCUUGGGCUAUGUGGUCACCUGUAUGUCACCGGGCACCUUGGAGUACAAACAAGACGUCAUCUUUGGGGGGGAAAGAAAGAAAGCUAUUUAAAAGAGGUUGUGACUGAGAGAAGGGGGUGAGGGGUGGGGGAGACAGACAGCAUUUAAUCCCUGUCUGUCUGUCUGUCUUUCUGAACAGGAGGUGUCUGUCUGUCUCGUCAGGAGGUGUCUGUCUGUCUGAACAGGUGUCUGUCUGUCUCAUCAGGAUGCGUCUGUCUCUUUCGUUGUCUGUUUGUCAGCCCGUUUCACAACACCAACCCAACCAUAACACACCCUGACAUAGAUACCUCAUCACAGCUACAGUACUGUAUGUGGACAUGCAGCUCUACUUUGUUCUAACUAGUCUAAAACAAAGCUUUGUCUUUGGAUGCCAUUUCACCACAACAUGUGGUGAAUGUUUUGCUUUGAGCUGUUCUCAUUACUGUCCUGACUACAAAUCCAAUGCAUCCUGAUGUUUUUGAUGAGAGGGAGAAUAACCACAACUAUUUUAAAGAGCCUAUAUUAAAUCAUGCCAAAUGAAGUUUGGCUUCUGCCCAACACUACUGAAGGGAGCCUAUGUUUGCCAGUUUUACAAGGUGUCAGCAACAAGAAUAAACCCAGAGUGGGUUCUGGGUUUACCAACUUUAUAAGCUUUCUGAUGAAGUGUGUAUCAGUUUCAUUCAACCUAUUUCAAGCCUUUUUGUGGUCAUUGCUCACACCAUCAUGCUUGGUAAUUGUUCAAAGUACUAUUCUUACAAAACAGUAAUCCACCAACAGUUAAACAUCUAAUUUCAGUGACCACCAUCAAUGGGGUGCAUCUCAAUAGUCUGAAGGGGCUUCCUUUAUCUCCUUCCUUCAUAUGCACUGAAACAAAACAGAAUGUGAGGCCCCCCAGGGUAUUUUCCUUCACCUGUCCUGUCCUUUCGGUUUAUGUGGGUGUAGUGACUAAUGGACAAAAUCUGUCAGGAAGUGGUUGCUGGUAUGAAAUCCUAGAUGCCUUUACCUGCCGUUGUGCCCUUGAGCAAGGCACUUAACCCCCUACAACAGCUGCCUGGGCACCCAGUGUGCCAGCCCCCCACACCUCUCCAAAACCUGUAUGUGUGUCUUUCAGAGGGGUUAGCUCAAAUUUUAGUUGGACCUUGUGGGCAAUUGACCAAUAAAGUGACCUUAACCUUAAAGACUUGAGGCACUGCACUGCCCUCCAGAGUUCAGAGAUGAUAUUGCACCUUAUUUACUACAGGAUAGUCACUGUCUUCCAAUUGGGACUAUUUCACCCUUAUAGUAUAGACAUAUUCAGACAAACAAUGAGUAAAGACAUACAAGCCUCACAGGUAAUUUUACCUUUUUAUUGCUUAAACUGCCAUCUGGAACAAUCUAUACCAAAAGGAUAAACAUCUUUGCACAUACAGGAAGUCAAACAGAGUACAGUCAUUGGGUAGAAUAGAAAAAGAAUGGUCCUCAGAUGACCUGCAGCUCUCAGAGCCUGCUGCAGGCCCCGCAAACUUGCUGAAGGUCAGGCUAGCAGGAGUGUCUAUGCCCGGGUUACAUAAGCUAAGGCAAACCGGGUGGAUUGCAGUGUGCCUACUAGUGAGCACUAAUCUUGUGAUGUGUUUUACCAUAUCAGUACUUCUAUGUGAAGAAACACCAGCAAACCACUGGUGGGUUGUGAUCUGUCAGCAAAUAGACACCUGCAAUAUUCCAGAACAUCAACCAUCUGAAAUCAAUACAAAAGUUUUGGACCAAGUAGGCAACACUGCAAUCGACUCAGUAUCAUGUUGAUUGGUUUUCAACAUACAUACGGUUACACAAGUCCAUCCAUCCAUCCAGUCAGCCAUACUGUUUUGUACAUAAGAUUAAGAUUGGAGACAUGACAGAGCCUAAACAAAGACAAUACCUCAGAAAGGGAUAAAAGCAUUACCGUAUGUAAGGGUCCUUUCUGUUAGAAAGGGGUGAGGGGCAAGCUGUGAGGCAGGAAUGAACAGGAAUACAACUUAGACUAUAGAUUUCUGCAGGAGUUAGAAGAAAAAUAGCUAAUGACAUGUGUUCUUAAGAUUCAAGGGGUGAAGCCGGUAGUGAAUGACCAACUGUUUGAGCGACGGGGGCAGUUUGAGAAUACCAUUUCAUUACACUAUGCUGUAGGUAGGCAUAGAGUAGAUAACAAAUCAUUUUCACUAUGCUUUAACAGCGAAGCUGCUUUAAAAUAAAGAUAUAAUCAUGACAAUUUAAUCUGAUGUCUGAAUUACCACAGUUGGGAUGCUUUCUAACGCUUUUUAACUUUUGCACUCAAAUACAUAAAUAAUUAAGUCUUAAAACCAUCUACAAUUCAAAUGUAUAUGAAUUACUUUAAAGCCCUUUCGCCUACUUUCAAGAGGUUAACCCAUGACUUUGUCACAAUACAACUACAUACUGUUUUGUCGGUUGAACAGAAGAAGCAUUUAUUUACGCUGUGGCACUGAACACCUAAAAUAGAAUUUAUGGAAAAAUAAGCAUUUACAAAAAGACAUUUAAACGUACUUAACUUUACCAUCACUCCAAACCAUAGCCAUAACAUUAGUUUGUUCAGUCAAUAAAGAACUUUAAUAGUCAGAACUAUAAUAAUAAUUCUGUUUAAAAACAUAGCGAUUAAGUUAUUUGGUAUAUACUGAAAAAUGCUGAAUACUGAAAACCAUUUAAUCAUCUUUCCCCCCCCUAUUGUAGUCAAUAAUGUACCAACAAAUCAGAGGUGAGUGUUAACAUGGGGAUACUUCCUGUUUUGAGUUCCACUGCUUCUGUCAGAAUAACAAUCUUUUAUGCGUUCUGAGUUGUGAAAACAAUGACUAACAUUUAGCUGUAGUUUGGUAGCUGUCCAACAGAAAACUUUCUGGUUGCAUUAAGUUGUACAAACUCUCUCAAACUAGAUAAAAUAACAGUGAGUUGGAUUGAUGGACCAAUCAAUGGAAACAAUAUGAGAAAAUGUAAAAAUGUCUGCGAUUUAAUGUACAGUAACAAUGGAGGAUAACCAUUGGUUAUCAUUGCAUGAAAGCUACAUAAGUAAUUAGAUGCAAUCAUUAUGUUCCCAGCAUUCUGGUAAUUCUAAAAAGUAAAAUUUUAUGAAUUAUUUUGUAAGGAUGUCAACAUUGACACAUUUUUAUUGGAACCGAUCUAGUUAAAAAUAUCUGAACAAUAUUCAGCAUGGACGCUUACUUCACCAUGUUAUGUUUGAUUGUCCCAUCUUAUCAUUGGCCUGUCCUAACCUCGGCCAAUCCCCUACUAAUCACUGCUCGUGUUUAAACUAUAGGAAAACAAUUCUAGAUUCAGUGAAUGCAGUGAAAGCAUACCAUAUGAAUUUGGUACAUUAAAACUAACAUAACUGUGCUCCUAUAGGUGACUACGAUAGCUAGGUGAUGGGCAGCAUAACAUUUAGAUGAGUAAAAAAAAAAAAAAAA